UUCUAUGUGUACGUGAACAUGACCUUUUCUAUUGGGGACACUUCCCAUUUGCCCAAAAGAAACAACUCCAAUACAAAGACACAUACCCAAAAUAAAAAAGCCUUUGCCUCGCCAAUCCCAUCUGCCCUUUUACAAGUAAAUUUGGAUCCUUGUGAUCCCAUUUUCCCAAAUCACUCCCUACAAUAGCUGUUGGAUUUGACAGGGACCCACGAACCUAUAUAGAUACAGCUAAAUUUAUCGCUUCAAUCCAAUGGAGUCAUUGCCCACCACAACCCUUUUAAUUUUUUAUUUUCCUCCCCCACUCUUACAUAAGAACAUAAUAAUGCAUGCAAAUUGAGCAUUUUUCAACUAAUAAUUCCUUUUUUUUAUUAUUAAUUUUUUUUUUGGGUGUGUGUUUAGGCGCAUUCUUUGCACAAAAGACAUUUUCAAGCUCAACUACAGACUGACAAGACCCUCUCCCUCUCUCUCCACUGCUUCACAAAUCGCCUUAUCUUUACCCCAUAGGCUUUUUUUUAGUAUCCAAAGAACCAAACUUUUUUUUUUUUUUUCCUUAAAGAAAAGGUGAGAAGAAAAUUCAGAUCCCUUGAGUUAUGGACGCUCAUCAUCGUCACCACCACCACAACCAAAAGCAAGGCAGAGAGAAAUCUGUGGACACCAAAAUUGGUCCUCGCGAUGCUCAUCAUCAAGAUGAUCAGAAAUCACCACCACAAUCUUCUUCUUCUUCUUCUUCUUCUUCAAAACAACAGGUAACAAUUUCCCCUGCCUCGCCACCUUCAUCUUCCUCAUCUCCUUCACACGAAUUCUCCUUCACAAUCUCUCUCCACUCUUCCAAUCCCACAUCAAAAACAACAAAAACAACAACAAACGACAGCAAAAUCACCAGCACCAACCAAAAAUCCAAAAUGACACCUCCUCCUUCAUUCGCCAUAGAUUUGUCCCCUGCAGACGACAUCUUCUUCCACGGCCAUUUGCUUCCUCUCCACCUCCUCUCUCACCUCCCCGUCUCUCCCCGCUCUUCGACCAACUCUCUCGAGAGCUUCACUCUUCCCAUAAAGGACGUAUCAUCUUCAGACGACGCGCAAAAACCCACCAAAGAUAACAAGUCAGAUAACAACCACAAAAAUUCUCCUACUAUUACUACUAUUAGCCAAAAAGCAGAGCCCACAACAACAAAAGGGUCGUCAAGAAACAAGCCGAAAUCCUCGUCGUUUUCUUUGUUCGGGUUGGGAAAAUGGAGAAGAGGAUACGAGUUCAGAGAACGAGAAGAUAACAGUACCAGAAAUAAAGAGAAGCCGAAGAGGAAGCUGAGAUUUGAAGUUAGUCACGUCCUCAAAAGGUACAUGAGAAUGGUACGGCCUUUGUUGUUUUUUGGAGGAAGAAGAGCGAAUAGUAAUAGCUUUCAUUUACGUAGGCAGCCAUAUUCGUUCUCUGGUAUUUUGAGUUCGAGGAACAAUAGUAGUAGUUCUAAUAAAGAUUUGAGAGAAUUUAGGAGGAGAGGAGAGUACUCGGCGCCGGCGUCGAUGAGGACGUCGCCGUCGAACAGCGGACUGCUUGUCGCGUCGGCGACGCUUCCUUCUUCGGCUAGUGAUAGCACCAUGGAAGAGUUGCAGGCCGCCAUUCAAGCUGCCAUUGCUCAUUGCAAGAACUCCAUUAAUGCCGGAGCCGAAGAUCACAAACUCAAGUGCUAAUAUGAGUUUUGGCAAAAAAUUUUCAUGUAGUACUUUACUACUUUUUUUUUUCCUUUUAAUUUUUUA